AUGGCAAGCUGGAACGAGAUGCAGAGGGCGAACUUUAUCGCCUUAUGGGUAAUGAGUCUCCUGAUAGGUGCAUACGCAGUGAUCUUCGGCGCGUCCAUGUAUUUCAUUAUUUCUCGAGGGCGGAGGAAUAUGAGGCACAUGCGCCUAGUCCCUGUGACAGUGGUUCUCUUCAUCAUAGCUGCAGCGCAAGUGGUGGUCCAGUUCGUGCUUGUCCUCACUACUGCCUUUGCUCCUGGGGAAGAUUUGGGAGAUCCUGAGACUCAAGCUCGGAACAUCGACCGGAAUAACUUACUGGAAGCAAUGAUCAGCUUCCUUUCGGUUACGAACAACUCCAUCGCAGACGGUCUUCUGAUCUGGCGCUGUUACAACACCUGGGGCCAACGGUGGCUGGUGAUUGUCGGUCCCUCAGCAAUCCUCCUGAUGGGAACAGCCGCUGGAUACGGGGGAUUCGGCCUCUUACUCAAGUACUAUUUCAUGACCAAGAAUAUCAGCGCCGAUGGUAUCUCCCCACCACCUGCCGCGACAACCGUCUUUCAUCAGCAAGAUAUCUUGAAUGCAUCAUUUUACACCGCGACGUUCAUCGGAAACGCAGCUGUGACAAUACUAAUAGUGUGGAAGAUCUUCCGCACAACACAAAGCUCAAGAAAUGUCGAAGCUGGCGCGGGCCACUCCUGCUGUCUUUUGUUCGCCGCUCUCUUUACCAUCCAUUUAACGGCCAUCGAAGCGGGCCGAUACGUAAUCAUCUUAGCAGCCGCUGGUAUCUCAGCAGGCGCAGGUCCUACAUUGAUCAUGUUCAUGCUCGCCAUUGGGAAGACGAUAGACCAGCAAACUGGCGGCUCGGGGAGCAAGCUGACUCGCCCGUCCCAAGCCGUGGACCUUCCCAGCAGAAGUAAUCGAAGCACUACACUGAAAGACUCUGGAGAGAUACACGAGCUCAGUUCGCCAUCCCAUAAAGGUGACAGUUCAUAUGUGUGA